UUGUCCUUUCCAAGGUCCCUCCUGAGUGCCAGUUAUAUAUACAAUAAGUAUUUGUUCCAGAAAACUGUUGCUGCCUGCGACAAAAGCCUUGGGAAGUAGUAGGAUGUUGUUCAGCACAUCACAGCAAUCGAUUGGUGCUCUGUCAGCAAACUAGCAUUAAGAGGCAUUUCAGUAACAAUAAAAUCCUUGUGGAGCUGGAUGAAGCAACAGGGGUAGCAGUCAUGAAAAUGAAAAACCCUCCUGUGAACAGCCUUAGUUUGGACUUCCUAACAGAAUUCUCCAUCACUCUGGAAAAGCUGGAGAUGGACCGUGGCUGCCGGGGCCUUAUUCUCACGUCUGCAUCACCCAAAAUAUUCUCUGCUGGGCUGGAUAUAAUGGAAAUGUGUGGAAAAAGUGCAGAACACUACGGAGAGUUCUGGAGAGCCGUCCAGGAGAUGUGGUUGAAGCUGUAUGGAUCCAACAUGGUGACAAUAGCGGCUAUCAAUGGUUCAAGUCCUGCUGGCGGUUGCCUUAUGGCUUUGUGCUGUGACUACAGGAUAAUGGCAGACAACCCAAAAUAUGCUAUUGGUCUGAACGAGACCCAGUUGGGCAUAGUUGCUCCAUUCUGGUUCAAGGACACAAUGUCAAAUGUAGUUGGAAAUCGCGUGACUGAGCAGGCCCUCCAGCUGGGUCAGAUGUUUCCAGCUCCUGAAGCACUUAAGUUUGGGCUUGUUGAUCAGUUAGUGCCAGAGGAGAAAGUACAGAGCACCGCAGCCUCAGUGAUGGCCCAGUGGCUCACCGUCCCAGACCACGCCCGGCAGAUCACGAAGUCCAUGAUGCGCAAGCAGACCACAGACAAACUGGUGAACAAUCGGGAAGCUGAUAUAAAGAAUUUUGUCAGUUUUAUCACAAGGGACUCUAUUCAGAAGUCUCUGCAGGUGUACAUGGAAAGACUAAGGCAAAGGAAACAGUAGUUUACUUAGGAAAUGCCUGUGUUUAGGAGAAGCCAUAAAAGCAUAACAGAUGACAAACCGCUCAUGCUGAGAAAGUGGAAAAGGUCUUUUACCAUUUAAGUGGCUCUUGUUCAGAUUUGUGACCACAGUUAAUAUGGAGAACGUCGGCUGAUUAACAUGCUUUCCAAUGCUGCUAAUUUUUUUCUAUACCUUAGUUUUAGGGUACACACAAAUUAGAUUGUAUAGAAACCUAUACAUGUCCUACAUAUGAUAUUAAAAUAAUAUUUUGUGAAGAAAAA